GAGGACAUGCGCACUGUGGUCCACCCCUCACACGGAGGCAUGGCGAGCACCGAAGCUAGAAGGGAGUGUGAGACUGAGGGCUGCAGCAAGGACGCAAAACUUCAGUGUCCCACAUGCAUUAAGCUCGGGAUUCAAGGAUCAUACUUCUGUUCACAGGAAUGUUUCAAAGGGAGCUGGGCUUCUCACAAGUUGCUGCAUAAAAAAGCAAAAGAAGAACAGAACCAGAUUGAAACUAAGAACUGUGUGGAGAAAGAGACAAACACAGAUCCAUGGCCGGGCUACCGUUACACAGGGAAACUACGCCCUUACUACCCACUGACUCCCAUGAGGCCUGUACCUGGCAACAUCCAAAAACCUGAUUAUGCUGACCAUCCCAGAGGGAUAUCUGAGUCAGAGCAGUUCCUUAAGGGGACGUCACAAAUCAAGAUCCUUUCUGCAGAUGACAUUGAAGCCAUGAGAGUGGUGUCAAAGUUGGCCCGAGAAGUUCUAGACAUUGCAGCCAUGAUGGUGAAGCCGGGUGUUACAACAGAAGAAAUUGACCACACAGUGCAUCUGGCUUGUAUAGCAAGGAACUGCUACCCCUCCCCUCUUAAUUAUUACAACUUCCCCAAAUCCUGCUGUACAUCAGUCAAUGAAGUCAUCUGCCAUGGGAUUCCAGACAGAAGACAAUUACAAGAAGGAGAUAUCCUCAAUGUGGAUAUCACAGUCUACCACAAUGGUUUCCAUGGUGACCUCAAUGAGACCUUCUACGUGGGUGAGGUGGAUGAAGGGGCAAAGAAGCUGGUUCAGACUACCUAUGAAUGCCUUAUGCAAGCCAUUGACUCUGUAAAACCUGGAAUCCGCUACAGAGAGCUGGGUAACAUCAUUCAGAAGCACGCUCAGGCCAAUGGCUUUUCUGUGGUGCGCAGCUACUGUGGCCAUGGGAUCCACAGAUUGUUCCACACAGCUCCCAAUGUACCACACUAUGCCAAAAAUAAAGCAGUUGGUGUAAUGAAGCCAGGACACGUGUUCACCAUUGAGCCUAUGAUUUGUGAAGGUGGCUGGCAAGACGAGACAUGGCCUGAUGGGUGGACAGCGGUGACCCGGGACGGCAAGCGCUCAGCCCAGUUUGAACACACCCUUCUGGUGACGGACACGGGCUGCGAGAUCCUCACACGCCGCCUCGAAGACAACGGCCGCGCCCACUUCCUCAGCCAAGUGUAAUGCACGCAGUACACCCUGGAUGGACUCAAUGGACACAGAUACCCCAGCACUCACAGUAUAUGACUCCUGAAGCUCAGUGUAGCAAGCUUCUGUCUGUUCAGUAUAUCAUGGUUCCUCAAGUUGAAUGGAAGUACUUGAAAGUGUCUAUUAGUAAAUGUGGAUUGCUAUAUUAGUCAGAACUGUAUCCUCUUGACAGAAAUAAGACAUAAGUAUUUAUGUCCUCAAACUUGACAUCUGAAACCAUUUGACCUUUGCCCUCUCACGCUAAGAUCGCACCAAGGCUGGUUUGAAGAGCUCGGGCCAUGAAUAUAUCAUGCUACAUCUUUAUUUCUUAAGCCAUUGCCUAUUACACUUCAAUACUGUACAUGCGCAUGAUAGUACAAAUAUGGACAGUUCGUUGUACAAUACAUUUUUCUGUGGCUUGGCCGGUGACAAUAACACAUUUUGAAGGGUGAUGCAUUAUUACAGAAAAUGUCAUUAUUAGUGAUAAUAUUAAAAUUAUGCCAAUGACCAAAACGGUUAAUUCCAUUAAAUUCUUUAUUAAUGAACAAUAUAAUUAUAAAGAGCUAUAAUAAAUAAAUGGCAGAAUAAAACAACACUUUAGUUGUUGAUAUCAUUGAGCUGAUGACGUAAAUGAUUUGACCCUCUACAGCUCAAAGGAUAACGAACUGCCAAAAAUUUGAGAAGAACACAUUUAGAGUUACUGGAAAGAAAAUAUGCAUGAUAAAUAUUAAGCCCCUAAAAAUAUUGUGGCAACUUGCUUUAACUGAACAGUGGGUUGAUACAGUAAUUGCAUAGGCAUACUGGUCAGAUGAGGCAUAUACAAUAUAAGGCAUAUGAAAAUAAUUGCCUUGUCUUUAGUGUGAUUUAAAUUAGGUUGGCAGCUAGUGCUUUGCUAAAACUUAACAGAAAGGCUUUAGAGUGAACGAAAAAAAUGAAAAUUUCAAUUUGCAUAAAACAACAGCAUUACUUGAAGCAGUUUUCCACCACAUUGUAAUUCAAGGGUGCAAGUAUACCGUCAACUACAAUGUGGUUUUUAUUAGUAGUCAUUUUUCUUAUUGCUGAACUCUCCAAGUAUUUCACGCGCACCUCUUCACUAUGGAGUCCUGUGUUUCCGAUAGCCCUGGUCUGAAGCCUUAACAAACAAAGUUAGUGUUAAAACCACACCAGAUGUAAACCUGUAAAUGUCACCUUGAAGUGGGGGUUUUCUGGUGUGGCAUUCUUGUACGUUCAGAGGAAUGAUCACAGUUGGUCUGCCAUCUUUGUAUUUCCUCGAAUUGAGUAAUAAAUGGCUCUUAUAUA